UAUUUAAAAUCUAAAAUUGAUUUUCAGGAAGAUUGAUUAGUUUUCGGUUUAGUUCUCGGAAGCAAACCUUAGAAGCAAAGAGAAUACGUUUUGUGAGGUGAACGGAUCAGGUUUAUGUGCGAGGAUGUUCUUACAUUCCUGAUCCGUGGAUAGAGAAUUUAUUAAAUGAAGAGAGAUAAAAUAAUUUAUAUAUCCAUCGAGCAAAACCGUUGUCGUACAUUUGUGAGGGGAGUGCAUAUCGAAAUGUUGGAUACUUCUAAACGGAUGAAGUCACAACUCACAACUGGGAGGCGAGAGAUUGUAGUUCUCAGUUCCAAACGGAUGAAGUCUAAGGAAGAGCAGUAGAGUGGGUGGGGAAAUUGAUGGGUAAUCAUAUUUCGGCAGAUUGUUGGUGUAGAGUGGAGGGACUUGAUUCAGAAAGGUUAUGGAGAAGCCUUGAGCUUGCGAGAGUGAGAGAUGGAGUUGGAGAAGGAGAGAAGGCAGAAGGAGGCGGAGGAGAUGGGGUCAGUGGUGGUUGUAUUAAACGGGAACAGAGAGGGGUUCUCCGGCGGCGAAGUCGGAAAGAGCAGUGUCAAAGAGGCGGACGGAGCGAAGGUAGUAUUUUCUGGGUUUUUUUGGGAUCCGAGGAUGGGCUUCAACUAUGCAACUUAAGCAGGUCACAGUGCCAAACUUCGAAACGAGACCAAAAUACCAAAUAUCAUGUGAGAGAAGAAGCAUUACAAGGAGAUAAGGCUUUGGUUUCCUUGCAAAAUCGACUUCUUAAAGAUAUCUUGAAAAGGGACCAUGACGUGAACAUUAUUUCUCAAGGAUCAGAAUUGAUAAAAAGACUACUUCAUGGAAAAAAAGUUCUUCUUAUUCUUGAUGAUGUGGAUGAUCAUGUACAGCUUGAUGUAUUGGCUGGUGGAAUCAAUUGGUUUGGUGAAGGAAGCAGGGUCAUCAUAACAACUAGAGAUGACCAAAGUUUGAAUGCUCAUAAAGCUGAUAAAGAUAUUCAAAUUUACAAGCCUGAUGGACUGAAUUUUGAGAAUUCUCUUCAACUCUUAAGUUUGUAUGCCUUUUCAAAAAAUGAACCUCCAAAAAAGUAUAAGCAGCUUUCACAUAAAAUUGUACAGUAUGCUGAAGGGUUACCCCUAACUCUAGAGGUGUUGGGUUCUUUUUUAUUUGGCAAAGAGAAAGAAGAAUGGGAAGAUACAUUAGAAGGAUUGAAAGAUAUUCUUGAGAACAUGGUCUCUGGAAUGUCGAUACAAAGUUAUGAUGAAAAGGUUGUUGCAAAGUUGAUGAUAAGUUACAAUAAGCUAAGUGAUCAUGCGAAAAUUAUAUUUCUUGAUAUUGCAUGCCAUUUUAUUGGAUUUGAGGCUGAAAACAUAAAUUCAAUAUGGGAAGCUUGUGAUUUGCGUCCAAGAUUAGCCAUAAAAGAACUCACUCAAAAGCACCUCCUAAAGAUUGAGGCUUCUGGGGCAUUGAGGAUGCAUGAUCAACUUAAAUUCAUGGGAAGGAGAAUUGUCUCGAAAGGUAGCCAUGGGGACCCUGCCAAACGUACCAGAUUGUGGUCUGAAGAUGAGAUCCUAAAAGUGUUAGAAAAAGGCACGGGAACCCAAAUGGUUGAAGGUAUCCUCCUUCCACGUGAAGUACACAUAGAUGAUUUAAGCUUUGAAGACUUUGAGAAGAUGCCCAAUUUAAGAAUUCUUGAAGUUGACAAUAUCUACCUCAGUGGGGAUUUUUCGCGUCUUCCUUCUCGAUUAAGAUGGUUGAGUUGGUGGAGCUGCCCUUUAGAAGUUCUACCAACCAAUUUUUAUCAUGAGGAACUAGUUCAUCUUGAUUUAACAGAUAGUCGUAUCAAACUAGCUUGGAAUGAUAAACCUCAAAAUAAAAAUAAGCGGUUUAAAAAAUUGAAGGUUCUUAUCCUCGAAGGCUGUUCUCAUCUCUCAGACUCUCCAGACUUCUUCUCAUGGUUUCCGUGCUUACAAAGAUUGGAUCUCACGGGCUGCAGUUCUCUUUUGGAACUCCCAGAUAGUAUUUGUCAGAUGGCUUCUCUCAAAACUCUUAUUCUCAAAAAUUGUUUUUCCAUCAAGAAGUUGCCUACAUCCAUAGGAAACCUAAAACAUUUGGUCAAGCUUUCGCUAAGUGGGACAAAAUUUGAAGAACUUCCUGAUGGUGUAGGGCAGCUAGAUAAGCUUGAGGAAUUAGACGUUUCAGAUUGCCACGAACUGGUGAAGCUACCAAUAUCAAUGGGUAGAAUGAGGAGUUUGCUUCACUUUGACCUAAGAGAUACUAUGAUUUUAAAAUUGCCAGAUAAUUUUUCAAAGGUCUCGAGCUUAGAGGGGUUAAGAAUGCGCAUGGUGGAGCUAGAUGAUCAGACAGAUUACAAGAGGCCCCAACCACUGCCAAUCAGCAUGAGUGGUUUUCCUUCUCAGCUUCAAGAGUUAUAUUUGGAAGGUUACAUGAACCUUCAAUCUCUCCUAGAGCUUCCCUCCACUUUAACUCGUCUAGAAGUUAAGAAGUGUAUUUCGUUGCAGAUAAUUUUAGAUCUAUCACACUUGGAAAGGUUGAAGGAAUUAUUACUUUAUGAUUGCAAAUCAUUGGUAAGAAUAAGAUUACAUGAUUUAUCAAACCUGAAAAAAUUGAAAGUGAAAGGUUGCUCCAAAUUGAGAGAAUUAGGUAUUAGCAAUUGUGAAAAUGUAAAGAUUAGCAAUUGUGAAAAUCUAGAGGAAAUUCACCGCUUUGAAGGAGCAAAUUCUUUAAAAAAGUUGUUUGUGCAGGGUUGCCAUAAAUUAAUAGACACAACGAGGAAGAUACAAGGGCAGGGAAGACUACUUGUUGAUAAUGUUUGCGAAGGUGAUCAUCACAUCUAUCAAGUUCAAGGCUCACCAAUUCUCUGUGUUGUUUUUUCAUUGACAUCUGGGAGAAAAGUUCGACAAAUAAGAAAGACUUCUGGGAUAGUAACCAUCGAUCUUGAAAUUAGCGCUCAUAUCCGUUGGGGAGUAGAAAGGACCUUGUUUAGAUGUUCGAUUAGAAUUGAGGAUAUUGAAUUCACUAAUGAGAAGGACAUAAUCUACAUCCACCAUUUCAAAGGGUUUGAUUGGUUUGGGUUUCCGCUGAAAUGCAAAGAUGCUAUCGAGGAAUUGCAUGUUGAGGUAUCCGCAAUAUACAGGCACCCAGGUUUUCCCUUUUUGAGUUAUUGCAUGAAGGAUGCCCAUGUGAAACUGUGUAAGGUGUUGUUUGAAAACAAGGAAUCAGAGCAGCGAAUGCGUAACCAACAAUCCAGUGCUAUGUUGGUUGCAGAUUUCUUCACAUGGUCAGAUUCUGACGUUGAUGAUGAAGAGGUGGAGGAGGAAGAAGAUGCCGACGAAGAGGUGGAGGAAGAAUAUUCUGAGGAUGAUGAAGAGGUGGAGGAGGAAGAAGAUUCCUACGAAGAGGUGGAGGAGAAUGCUGACGAUAAUGAAGAGGUGGAAGAGGAAGAGAGUGCGUUCAGGGGUAUGUUGUUUGAGAACAAGGAAUCAGAGCAGCAAAUGCCUAACCAACAUUCCAGUGCUAUGUUGGUUGCAGAUUUUUUUAGAUGGUCGGAUGAUGAAGAGGUGGAGGAAGAAGAUCCUGACAAUGAUGAUGAGGUGGAGGAGGAAGCAGGUGCGUUGAGUGUGGCUAGCAACAAGAAGGAAACUUGUCUGGAUGAGGAGAACCAGGCAGGUGGUUCAGGGGUAUGCAAUUGCUUUGUGGCAGUGAAAGCUGUUUGGAAUAGUUUCUGCAACUGUUUCAGUAGAGGGUUUUUAUGAUAUAUAAUGGUUAUGGUGGUUUUAUUCUUCUGGCGAGUAUGUUACUGGUAUCUCCCAAACACCAAGCACAACCUGCAGGGUCAGAGUGGAUGAGCAGCGGCCUUAGUUUGAGCUUCCUAUGGACCUCCUGGAGCUCAUUGGAUUCCGUCUAUGCAUAAAAGAUAAUGUCUGCUUGUCCUCUGUUUGUAAGAAAUUUCGAUGUGUUAUCUGUUCACUCCAUGUGGUAAACCAAUCUCCAUGGCAUUUGUUCUUUUCAGCUAAAAAUGGGAAAAUCAAGUUCUUUGAUCCUGACAGGGCAAGUCUAUUUUUAUAAAAUCCCAGUGCUAAAGGGCGCAGUUAUCCACUGCAGCAAGAAUAGAUGGGUGCUGUUUUCUUUAUUUGCCGAUGACACUUUCUUUUUCAAUCCCUUAACCAUGUCAAUAAUCUUUCUUCCCCCUUACACUACUUUUCCAUUUUCUUCCAUGAAAGUUGCUUUAUCUUGUGAGCCCACAUCUCCUGACUCUUUAGUUUGUGCAAUUAGAACUUAUGAAGGCUUGGAAUAUCCUUCCCGUGCCUCUACCUGAUCUUCACAUGGGAAAGCUAAACACGUGGUUGAAUUCAAAGGGGAGCUUUUAGUGGUGUGCGUAUCUUAUCCUGAUAAAGAUUAAAUGGGUUGAAAUGGGGAGCUUCAAUAGUGAAUCUCACUCUUCUCUUUCAGCUAUUGAUGUCCCAAGAAUAGUGAACUUUUCGGCAGCGCUUUAUUCAUCGAAGCAGUCUAGAGGCUGUUUGGAUUGAAUCACCUGAGAUAGAGUCAUCUUUUGUUUGAAGAGCUCUGCUAAAUUUUAUGCAUGUCAUUGCAAGGGAUUUCUGAAACUUAUUAUCUUAUGUUUCUAUUUUCUCAUUUUUGUGAAGGCAACAUUAUUGUUAAGUUAUUAUAGUUGGAUCUUAAAUUAACUGUCAAUAACUCUGGAUUUUGUUUUUAAA